AUGACUGAUAUAAAUAACGGUACAGAUAAUAACAAUGGGUUUACAGAUAGAAUGUCUCAAAUUGAAAAAGAUAUCAAUCAAAUGAAUGAGAUGCUACAAGAAAAUCUAAAUAUUAACCAACAAUUAAAUACCGACAUAGAAAACCUAGAUAAAGAACUAAAAGAAGAAGAAAAGAGGGAAGAAAUAAAGUAUCUAAAGUUAAAACCUGCUGAAUCGAAUGUUGUUUCUGCCGCCAGCAAUCAUGAAAAUGAAUUGAGACAAUUUUUGGAAGAUUAUAAUAAGGAAUAUAGCAGUGAAGACACUAAUAAAAAUGCAACGAGCACCACUACAUCGCAAAGAAUUGGUGAUUAUAAAAAUGUCAAAAAAAUCGAUGCAAGUAAAGUACCAUUCAUAAAGAAAAAAUCACCUUUCCGUGUUAUAUCUGUGAACAGUACAAGCAGAAAUUCUUCUUCUACUCGAACUUCUAGCGUUAAUUCCAACUCUUCAAUUGAAACUAAUGCCUCCUCUAUUCAUGAAGAAGAACAGCGAUCAUUUGAAAAAAAUAAAAGAAAGUCAAGUAAUGACUUGCAAGAGUUAUACGACCAAUUAAACGUUAAGGUACAUAAAGUUGAAAAAGAAAUUAGAUAUUUAAAAAAAGUAGUAAAAGAGAGGAAUUUAACUGUAGAAGAUGCAAGUAAAUUAAACGAAGGUAUCGAGAAAUUAGAAGGAUACUUAGAUAAAAAGAUUAAACAAAGAUAUGAAGUUGGCCUUCAAUUAACUAGAGGACUAAGAAAUCGUGUUAUCAGUGAUAACAAUGGAUUUUUUGUGGGCAAGUCAUAG